GUAACACUAUAUGGAAGUCUGGCAAGCAUCUUGACCAGCUGUUUUAUUUUUUUCGAUUUUCAGCUCAAUUCUUUCUGAGAUUUGUGGUUUUUAUCCAGUGUUUUUGUUAAAAAAAACCUUUAUUGCAAAAACUUGUGAACAUGUCGAAAAUAUUGAAGGCAUCUACCGGCUUAACAGGCUUGGCUGUAGCCGUUAAUCCACACCAUACCUUGAGUGCUUUGUAUGGUAAAAUCUUAAGAGCCGUUGCCAAGAUGCCUCAGGAUGCUGCCUACCGCAAAUACACUGAACAAAUUGUACAACAAAGAGCAAAAGCUGUAGAAAGCAACAAAGACAUCAACGCUUUGGAGAAAGCCAUUGGCUGUGGCCAAGUUGAGGAAUUAAUUGUACAAGCUGAAAAUGAAUUGGUAUUGGCACGUAAAAUGUUGGGCUGGAAACCUUGGGAAAAAUUGGCACAACCUAUUCCCAACAAACAGUGGGAUUGGCCACCAGCAAAAAUUACUGAACCUAAAAUUUAAAUUAUAAAAAGUAAAUAAAUUAAAACAAAAAUAUGCUAAGAACUAAUUUUCAAAGUGUCUAUGAAUUUUAUGUAAAGAUGCAUGGAAAAUUAUUUUGUUAGAAGUAAUUUCAGUAAGGGCAAAAUUUUUCUUAACAGCAUAAUGAUGAAAUUGUUAUUGUGAUGAAUAACUGAAAUUAUAAUGAGUUAAUACCGUUUAUUUGAAUUUUUGUUAAUAAAGAUUUUUGAAUUUCCCAAAAUA